GCAUUCCGAUAAGAUUUCAAACUUCAUUGAUUCAUAAAUCAAAAUUAUUCGUCUUGUUUAUGAAUUUUUGCCCAAGAUGAAGUUUUUCUUGGAUUUUCUUUGUAUACUAAUCUUAAGCCAAUGCAUUACAGCCAGCUAUGUACGAAGUGUUAGCAAUUAUGUCAAUGCAAAGGACUGUGGAAAGAGACUAUUGCCAAGCGCCAACUCUGAUCGCAUUGUGGGAGGAGACAGAGCCAGGCACGGAAGACAUCCAUGGAUGAUUGCUUUAUAUCAAAGAUACGAUUGGGGAUUUGGUAUUGUUGAAGAUUUUAAAUUACGAUGUGGUGGAGCUAUUUUGAAUGACAACUGGAUUGUCACAGCAGCAUCUUGCUUCCAAUUAACUGGACAACCUGUAAAUCAUGUAGUAAUGACAGGUUUAUACAAGCUGUCGGAAACGGAUGGACCAACUGUGGUGCGGCAUAAGGUGUCGAAAAUUAUCAUACAUAGCAAUUACAGCGAGUAUUACAAGGAUAAAUAUAACAUUGCCCUCGUCAAACUCACGAAGCCAAUCGACUUUGCGGGAUCCGAAGGGUAUGCUAAUGCCAUUUGCCUUCCUGAAGAAGACGACGAGCCAGCUGGUUUUGCAACCGUGACUGGAUGGGGACUAACGAAAAAUGUUCCUUACGGUUAUGAGUAUUUACCAGAUGCGUUACAGGAAGCAAAUCUUCCCAUAGUUCCAGUAGAUACCUGCGCCAGUACUGCAAAUAACGUUUGCGCAGGAGGCAAAGGGAAGAAUAUCUGCAAUUGGGACAGUGGUGAUCCUUUGACACAAACAGAUUACAGGGGCAUAUCUACAUUAUUGGGGAUCGCAGUGUAUGGCUUCUCUUGCGGCGAAAAGGAAUACGCAGCUGAGUUCACCAGGAUGUCCACGUACAAGAACUGGAUUGCUAAAGUGAUGGCUGAAAACUAAAAAAUCUCGCGAGGCUUCAAUCCGGUAUUCUUUGGAUUAUAAACUGCGUUAUAAAUAAAAUUCAUAUUCCUCCGUGUGUUGUGCAUGUCAUUUGUUUUUGAAAAUGCAUGGAUGUAUACAUUUUGGUAGAAACGUAACAUGAAGUAAAUAAUGGGUCAUAAAAAUAAAACAGAACACAUUGCUUCUCACUUAUUAAGAUGGCUGACGCUUUGAUUACAGCAAUGGCGCCUAACCUACGGCUCGAGAAUCUUAUCCGCAACACUCGUUUUUUUUUCCUUCUUCUUCGGUGUUUGGGGUACACAUUGGGGUAUUUAGCUAUUCUCAGCGGAGAAGCUUUUUAAUCUCUAAUAAUCCACAACAGUUUUUCAAUAUUCUAUUUCCAAGACAAUACACAUUAAAGAUGUACAUUACAUAGGAAUGAAACAACACACAUGGCGAGGUGGGAAUCGAACCC